UGUCGUCAGACCAUUUCUAUGAAUUGUGCAAUGGACGUUUUACCCCAAAAGACAAAAAAUUUCAACUUAACAUUUGUGUUCACUCAGCCAUUUAUACUGUCUGUACUUGGAUGUUCAUCUGAAUUAAUGGUGCAGAUGUAAGAAAUUGACUUCACUUUUCCGAGGAUUCAACCGCUGGAAUACGUUAGCAGCGUUUAUUGUGGGGUACGAUUCCACACCAUUUCGCAUACAGCCAUGUCUGCGAACAACGGGUGCUCGGGUACGCUUCUGUUGCUCUGGUUUUGUCUGAGGAUGAUUCCAGGGAGGUGUAGUUCGGUCGUCACCGACCACGCCCAUAGCCCCGACUGUCCUACAUCCUGUAGGGCUCAUCAGUUCUGCGACCCCAUAGAGCAGCGUUGUAGCCCUUGCUCUCCACGCGUGUGUCAACUGAAGCUCGCAGAGGGAAACUGUCACCCAUUCUGUACAGAUUAUCGUGUUCGCUUUGCCGAAGAAAAUGGAUCCUCCUGGGAAUCAGUGAUGGCGAAGGUGUGCAAGUCUCGUGUCCCUGUAAUCACCGUGACAGUGUUACAACUAGUGAGUCUGCUGUUGAUACUGACGCUGCUCGUCUCCGUGAUGAUAUUUUAUCUGCGGUACAGAGCACUACUGGGAAAGUUUAGGAAACCCAAAAACGCCAGCGUGGAGGUGACACAGGUGGCGAAGAGAAACAACCUGGACAUAGAGAUGUCAAUCCUGAGAUGUAAGGGCGGAUACAACAAGGACAGCGUAUGCUCGCCGAGGGCCCCGACGUCACAGACGCCCACAAUGCCACAGACGUCCCCAGCUCGACAGACGCCCCCGACGCCACAGACGUCAGCGACACCACAGACGUCAGCGACACCACAGACGUUCCUGACGUCAGAGUUCGGUAGCGUGCAGCCCCAGAGGUGUAACUGUGAUGAAGUGUCCAGUCGUUGGGAUACGGACACUUGGAGAGGAAUGCACUACGGCAAUAGGGUGUUCAGGAACCCCGACCCGGUGGAUCCAGGCCAGAUUGAUUCCUCCUUGUUGGAAAGUCGAUCCCUGCUGACUGGUUGCUUCAUACAGCCGUCCCCGCUUUCUCAGGACAUGUAAUUUGUGUACUAAAUAUGGUGUGGCGUACCUCAAACACCGAGAAUACAUAUACGUGUAUUACUAAUAUCCAGGUAUAUUUCAAUGUGUACUUGUCUGUACAUAACCUGAAUUUAUUUUUCAGUAAGUUCGCAUGCACUGGGGGAAGAUAUGUAUUCUCACGACACUUAACUGGUUUCAAGAAACUCCUUCAGUUGGGUAUUUACACCGUAUAUGCAUGGAGUGGAUUCACUGUACACACAGUGGAAUUAACAGCAAAUAACUGUGAAUGUUUGAUUCCUUGUAUCAGGUUGUGAAAAAUCCAAGUGUUCAAGAUUUAUUUUAAAUUUUCUAUAUGUCAGUAACGAAAGGUAAUUAUUGUAAUUCGAAAAAGUUUCCUGAAACCAGUUUCAGGGAAAAAGUUUCCUGAGAGCUGUUUUACGUCUAUCGCACCAGUAAAGUGCACAGUAAAAUGUGUAUGAUGAUGGCUAGGGAGUAAUGAUUUAUGGGUGGCCAAGGUUUUCCCAGGCACUAUCUCUGAAUGCGCCUAGAACACCCUGGUUUAAGGGUUAUUGGAGUAAUACAUCCUACUCGCCAUCAUCGACCCCAUGUAAACGUGGGUAAGUUCUAGUCAAAUCCCAUUUAUCACUAAUCCGGAAAGAAUGAACGGUUAGAAUCUCUAUUUCAAAUUGUUGUAUAUGCUUGUAUAUAUAAUAUUAAUUUAUAUUUAUAUUUUGGAGAGUUUACACAUAAAUCCUUUCUCUUAUGAAGUGUCGUUAAAUUAUUAUUGGAAAGCAUGCCAUUUCUUGUACCAUCAUAAUAUUCUCUGCGUCGAAACAGACAUUCGUAUGCCAGCCGUCAACCAAUAUAGACGUUCCAGAUCAAUAAUCGCAAGGCUAAUUUCCAAUACGACGUUUAAAACCACCAAAGAACUAAAAGGUAUAUAAAGUACGAAAGUAGGACGGAAUCAUGCAAAGAGAAGCAGUCACUGCUGUU